UCGACAGCAACUUCAGUAAUCUUAAGUAAAUCAGCAAUUUUUUUUUUCCUCCACCAAAAUACGACGUUAGCCGCAACAUACCAUGUUAGACAUCAAAUAUUUUUUAAAAUGUUGAGUUAUUGGUUUAUUUUUGUCUGUGUUCAACCGUUUUGAAGCAAGUGGGGGAGUGAAAACAUCACGUGACGUAGAAGAAGAAGCUCGUCCUGGAAAGCCGAGUUUGUGUUUUUUGUUUUUUCUUGAACAGGCUGCGUAGAAGCCGGAGUUUCAGAUGGAUGUGAACCACUUAGAUUUUUACAUCGGUCUGUCUCUGGCUAUCAGCUCCAGUUUGUUUAUCGGAGCAAGUUUCAUCCUGAAGAAGAAAGGCCUGCUGAGGCUGGCUGGCAAAGGCUCAGUCAGAGCAGGUCAAGGAGGUUACGCUUACCUGAAGGAAUGGCUAUGGUGGGCGGGACUUAUUUCAAUGGGCGCCGGAGAGGCCGCUAACUUUGCUGCAUAUGCAUUUGCACCUGCCACACUUGUGACGCCGCUCGGAGCACUGAGCGUACUUGUAAGCGCUGUGCUUUCCUCUUAUUUUCUGAACGAGAGGUUGAACGUGCACGGGAAGAUCGGCUGUUUGCUGUGCGUGUUUGGCUCCACUGUGAUGGUGAUUCACGCGCCACAAGAAGAGGAAGUGUCGUCCCUCAGUGCCAUGGCUGACAAGUUAAUAGACCCAGGUUUCAUUGUGUUUGCUGUGUGCAUUGUGGGAAGCAGCCUGGUUCUUAUCUUUGCUGUGGCUCCACGGUAUGGACAGAAGAAUGUGCUGGUCUACAUCCUGAUCUGCUCUGUGAUUGGCUCCCUCUCUGUGUCUUGUGUCAAGGGUCUGGGUAUUGGCAUUAAGGAGCUAUUUGCUGGGACAGCAGUGCUGAAGGACCCCCUGUUCUGGGCCUUAGUCAUCUGCCUGGUAAUCUGUGUCGGCAUUCAAAUUAAUUACCUCAACAAAGCCCUCGACAUCUUUAACACUUCCAUAGUCACGCCCAUCUACUACGUCUUCUUCACCACCUCCGUCAUGGCCUGCUCAGCGAUCCUCUUCAAAGAAUGGCUGAGUAUGACUGCUGAUGGAGUGGUGGGGACUCUCAGUGGCUUCUGCACCAUCAUUUGGGGAAUCUUUCUCCUCCAUGCCUUCAAAGACAUUAUGUUUAGCUGGGAUUCCCUUCCACUCUUCUUGACCAAGGGCCCUCAGGACUUUCCAUGGGGCCAUCACCCUUAUGUGGUCCUACCCGUCCAUGAUGACCAAGUGGAGGAUAAGACAAAGAUAACCAAAGAAGGAUGUUCAAAGGCUGAAUGGGUAACUUAGAGAGCCCUGACAUGGACUAGUGGUUUUGUCACUACAUUUAAAUAUUUGAUUUAGCACCAAGCUUUUCUUUUUGGCGUAUUAUUGGAUUUUCCACCACGUGGACACAAUCCUGAGUAUAUCCUACCUAGUUUCUAGGGAUUAGUCAAAGAUGCAAGCUUAAUUCCUGUCUGUUCCUGCCAGG